AUGCGAAAAUCGAAACCCUCAAAGUCCGAUGGCGACGAACACGUUUCAUCAGAAAAUCUUCAGACAGUGUCGAACUACGAAAUGCAGAGGUUGAAGAGGAUUGAAGAUAACAAGAAAAGAAUGGAGGCUUUGGGGCUGCGCAAAAUGGCAAAUUCCUUCAUGGGAUCUGUUCAUAAAGCUCAUACAAACAAUAAAGAUAGAAAGGGGAAGCGAAAAAUCGACGACGAGGAUGACGAGUAUUAUCCAGCUCAAGACGAUGAGGGAGCAAGCUCCUCGUCCGAAGAUAAUGAAAGUGAUGAGGAGUUUUCAAUCUCUCAUAAGAAGCGGGGUGCUGUUCAAAGAACGAUUCCCAGUUCGGAUUUCGUGGAGGAUGACGAUGAAGCCUUGAUGCAGGCAGUUGCUCUUUCGCUACAAGAUACUACAAAUGUUGCAGCAAAUGACAAAAGAAAAGAAAUUCCACGCAGCCAAAAUGAUUUAGGAAAGAUGAGGAGGAAAAAGCCGAUCGGCGGUCGAGUUAAAAUGUCUGAGGAUGAAAUGCUGGUACACUUCUUUCAGUUUGAUGAAACUGGGAAAGGGGGCUUCACACUCAGGGAUGUGCAGAGACUUGCCAUGGCCCAUGAUUUUACUUGGUCAGAAAAGGAGUUAGCGGAUAUGGUACAUUGCUUUGAUUCUGAUGGAGAUGGGAAGAUAACCUAUGAUGAUUUCCGCAAGAUUGUGUGUGGAUGCAACAUGCUAAAAGGUUCUGAUGUUGGCGAAACUGGUUGA